CCUCAGAUUGCAGGCUUUUUACCCUGAUUCAGGGUAAAAUCAGGGCUUUUUUGGGGGGUGACCCUGAUGAGACAGGAUUUUUUUAAGAUAGAGGCCUGAAAUUUCAGGGUUUUUUUAAGAGUGAACUCUGAUCGAUCAGCGUGCGUAGUGUAGUGUGGCCUGUUUUUCCAGCGUCUGCCAGCCAGUUCAGUUCAGGCUGCUGCGACUGGCGACCGACCAGACGGUCUGAGCACCUCACACACCGAGCAGCCAUUGCAGUAGCAACUAGAAGGAGGCGGUUUUGAUUCGAUUGCGCGGUGACGUCUGAGUCGACUCAAAAGCCACCUCUGCGCACACACCCGCCGUCGGGUCCAGACGGAGGCGGUUUUGAUCUGAUUACGUGGAGGACAGAGAGCGCGAGGGAGAGAGGGAGAGAGAGAGACAAGUUGUGUGGAGACACAAUCGGAUCUGCAAAGCUGGGUUGAUCGCCAGAGCGCUCGUCCGUCCGUAUCCCAAGUUGUAGCUUGAGCCGUCUUGAGCCGUCUUGAGCCGUCUUGAGCCGUCUUGAGCCGUCUUGAGCCCAACGACUUCGCAGCGUCCUCGUACUCCUUUUUUGUUUCUUCAUUGGCUUCCCACUCUCUUCCACAGGUUUCUCUUCGUUGCGUCGUGCAAGUAGCAUUAUUUCUUGGAUUUGGACCCGAAUCAAGGGAUGCGGGGUUCCGUGUCAGUAGUAACCAUUCGCCUCCUUCUCGCCUUUCUCGCUCUGUCCGUUCCCCUUUGCCUCCUCAUCGCCACGUGUUCACGGUUCGGCCUGCCACGUGUACACUUCUCAGUGCAGCUAGAAUGGCAAGAAAACCCGUCUGAAGAGAGCACCGGUUCCAUUGGAAGUUCUUAUCACGCAGUCGCGCAAGAAAGGAGGAUUCUUUCGGAAACUUCGUUAGUAGCACCGUCACCCCCGCCUCCUGUCUGUGUUUGUCCCGUGUGCCCGAGUGACAAUACUCGGAGUGACAAUGGAGGUGAUGGAGCAGAGGGGGAGAACGGGGGGAAAGGGGAAGGGGAGAGGGAGGGGGAGGCGUGGGGCGAGAACCACCAGUUCAGGGUGCAUCCGACCAGCCUCAACCUGUUUGCUGUCGUCAGCACAUACCGCAUAGGCCAGGGCAGCUUCAUGGUGGUGGGAGAGUCUCUGCUCGGCGCACAUCUGCACUUUGCCGGCUCGCUAGUGGACGAGUGCGUGUGGGAGGGGGAGGGCGAGGGGAAGGGGUCGCCCGUCGUAGCCCCAGCGGAAACUAUGCAUUUACGCCCCUCGGAGCACAUCUCUCUGCCAUGGGGCGCUCUGCUCAUCCGCUGCGCCUUCAACUCUUCUAUAGGCAGCAACAGCAAAGGAGGCGUCUUGUCGCUACUGAAGCGCUCGGAGCAGCAGCGCCACAGGAGGAGCAUCACCCACGAGCACUCAGACCCAGUGGGGUUUGAUGUCCAGGGGGCUUCCCCCCUCAAGCUCCACACCUCCAGCAUGCCAGUCUUUAGAGAAAAGCCUGGCGGUUUCGAUAUAAUCACAUCCCCGCUACAGUAUAACCUGAGUUACUGUAGCGGGUCGCUUUUUGGGCAUAUAGAUCCGCGUGCACUUAGUGACUGGAUUCGGUACCAUUAUAAGGUUGUGGGUGUAGAGAAAUUCUUUUUGUACGAUCACGGGGGGCUUACUGUAGAUAAUGAUACGGCGGCAGCGGUGACGCCUUAUGAGGAGACAGGGGUGGUGACUGUAACGAGGAUGAAGGGAGGCAGGCACUUUGUGUCGUACUACUCGCAUCAGAUCUUGAACCACAACGACUGCCUCUACCGCUCCAGGUUCCUCACACGGUGGCUGCUCUACUCAGACCUCGACGAGUACAUCUUCACUCCACCGCCCUCCACCUUCCUCUCCUGGCUCUCCCGCAUCCCUCAAAACGCCUCUUGGGCGAGCAUGGGUUCCUACAUGUACAGCAUCAACACCUGCAGCAAGCUGCACUAUGGCAAUGCUUCUAACGAGUCAGAGCUCUUAGUGGAGCAUCUCCCUUGGAGGGCAGAGCUUCCCAGCUGCCCUGACCGGACAAAAGCGUUCGUCUGCCCUGGGCCUCAGGGCAGGCGGAAACAAGUGGUAGAUCCGAGGAGAGUGAACAUGGUAUCAGUGCACAGGGUAGAAGACCCUUGGGAGGUGUAUGGUGUGGAUUGGAAUGCCUCGUUUGCAGAGCCCACGCCUAAACUGAUGCAUUUUCAAGGCCUUCCUGUGAGGAAGCCCCCACAGGUGCGGUGUAGAGAUGUGAAGGAGGAGGCUGUGGAGAGAGAGACGGUGGAAGACGGGAAGGUUCUAGACUUCACGUUUCGAGACUUUGUUGCACGAGCUGUUAAUGAAGUUCGUUAAAGGUGCUUGCUUGCACCGCUUUGGAAUGCUUGUGCUGUGAGAGGAUCGGUUGCUGCGUCCAAGGGAAGGGAACCUUUUGCA